ACUAAUGUCACUUUGUCAUCAUGAAUCAUGACAACUUCAUAUGAAAUGAAAACAAAAACACCUUGUGGAGGUGGUUAAUAUUAAAACACAUUAAAACAUUUGUUGGAUAAACUGCAUUAACAUGUUCCUAUUGAUAAUAUCAACUUUACUGAGCUUCUUGAGUGUUCAUACAAAAAUUAUUACUAAUCCAGUGAUGCAUUGGAUGAAUAGGGUAUCUAAAGAGGAAAAAACUAAAUUGAAUGAAAUAAAAGCACUUCAGUGUGCCCAACAAAAACUCAGUAUGGUCGACAAUUUUGUCGAAUAUUCUAAAAUACAAAGAAAAAUCAACAAAUUGACUGAAAGCUUGAAGGAAUCAAAAUCAAGGAAUUCCAAUGAUUUUUUUUUGAAAAUUGGGAUUCCUUAUGGACUGAGGAUAAUAAUAAUCUCCAUGCUAAUCAUAUUAUGUCUGUAUUAUCGAGGGAGCCCAUUAUUCUAUUUGGAAAGUUCUAUUAAUUUGUUUCCAUUUGGUUAUUUUAUAUCUUUUCCAAAUGGAAGAAAUAGUGUUUCAUUUCAUUUUUGGGUGAUGUGCUGUACUGCUUUUGCAAGAUUGAUUAAAUUAUAAACAUUUGGAAAACUAUUACUUUGACAUCUCGCAUCAAAAUUAUGGGAUUUUUUGGGUAAUAAACAAUAUUAUCCAUUUUA